GCCUGACGGGGCGUCUGUUGGGUGUCUCCCCCAUCCCAGGACCCCACGGUGACCAGGGUCCUCCAGUGCCUCCAGGAGUCCUCGCGCACCAGUGACCUCUACACGCGGGCGCUGCUGGCCUACGCCUUCGGGCUGGCGGGGCGCACGGAGCUGCGGGACGCCCUUCUGCAGAGCCUGGCCCAGCACAGCGUCAGCGCCGGGGGACAGCUCCACUGGCGGAGGCAGGUGAAGGGCCUGCCCAGCCCCGAGUCCCACCGGAACCAUAUGGUGGAGGUGGAGCUGACGGCUUACGUGCUGCUGGCCCAUCUCUCCCUGCCCAACGUGUCUGCUGCCGACUUGGCGACCGCCUCCCAGAUCGCCCGCUGGCUCAGCAAGCAGGAGAAUCUCUACAAGGUCUCUGUCAGCAUCCCGGCAAAUCCCGAUCCUGCUGCAGAGAGUUGGAGGCGGGGUCCUGUUGUCCCCUCGGUGACUCUCCUGCCCCAGAACACGGUGGUGGCCCUGCAGGCCCUGGCCAGAUACGCAGCCCUGACGUACAGCGCGAGCGGGACGGUGUCGGUGACCGUGAGCUCCCCGGCCGGGGCCCGGCAGCAAUUCCACGUGGAGAACGCCAACCGGCUGGAGCUGCAGCGAGCGGCCCUGCAGGAGAUCCCCGGGCAGUACACGGUGCAGGCCAGCGGCAGCGGCUGUGUCUUCGUGCAGCUGAUUCUGCGCUACAAUGUGCCGCCCCCCAAGAGCGCCGCCACCUUUGAGCUGCGGGUGGAGACGGAGCCGAAGGAGUGCAGCGAGGGCGCCGCAUCCCGCUUCAGCCUGGCCCUGCACGCCCGGUACCAGCCCGGCCCCCCACCCGCUGGGUCCGACUCCGGGGCAGGGACAGGCCCAGGCAGCGGGGAAGGGGCUGGGCAGAGCUGUCUGUCACACUCACAGGGCACCCAGCGGUCCCAGGGGUAACCCCCUUCCGUGGGGAUCCGCUCUCCCCUGGGGGCUGAGCCCCUCCCCCGUUCCCCCACCUCUCUGAGCUCCAGCCCGCCUGGCUCUGCCGUGGGCCCCUCAGGGGGUCCCCUCGCUCCGGGCCCCGGGGCCUGCACUCCCAGGGGACGGCGCAGCCCUGUUCUCUAGUCCGCAGUGACUUAGCCAGCGUGAAACAGGAGGUUUAUUGAGCAUUGAACCCAGCACAGGAACUCUCAGGCCUGUGGGCCUGGCCCCCUCCGCCAGCACGUCUGAGUCUGCCCUGCAGCCUGGGGGCCUCUGCCUGAGCCCUCUGCCCCGUCCAGCAGCCCCCGUAUUCCAGCCCCUCUCUGCUCCCCUCGCCCCUCCUCCUUCCUCCGCUCCCCUGACUGGAACCAGCCGGGCAGGUCACUGGGUCCUCUCUCUGCCGCCCAUUGGCCUCCCGCUGGCUGGAACCAUCCGUGUCGUCCGAGCUGGGUCUGCAGGCCCCCAAUUACUGGGGUCUGCACCCUCCAGCCACUGGCCAGGGUCCUGAAUCCCCUU